CCGGCUGCGCGCGCCGCCGACUCACCGAGCGACGCCUGCACCGCUUCGGCCGCAGAGAAAGCGAGCAGCGAGCCCUCCUUGGCCAAGAAGGCUUUGCCGUCUUCCGCAUCCGCUUGGAGCGCCUCGGCUUUGUCGAAGUUGCCGCCUCCGGGCAGUGGCUGUGGAGCGAACUUGCGGGCAGCCGCCGCCUCUUGGUGCUGGGGCGACGCAGAGAAGCCGCCGGGCAGAGUGGCCAUGAGCGUGGAGGCACUAAUUAAGCACGUUGGCAACGGAGGGAGCUCUCACCCUGGCUCUGCGCAGCGCGAGGACUCCUGGGCACGCGGUUCCCCUUUGCGGACUGCUGGAUGGAGCUGAGUCCCUCAAGAUAUUUCCCCUGUUCUCGACAAUGGUCCCCCGGGGACGUCUCAAUCCUAGAGAUCUUCUCGGGCCAAGAAUCUUGCCAGAGAGCAACUGCCCACCCAGAGAGAAUAACCGCUUCCUUGAUUUACGCAACCGCAGCCAGGGACCUUCGUGCUUGCCUGCAAGAGGACUGGAAAAUGACUGUUUGCAUCGUAAAAGGAUCCUUAUGUUUUGACGUGAUUGACAAGAUCCAUUCCGGGACACUUCAGUUACGUGCAAAAAAAAAAAAAACCACCAAAAAACCAAACCAAAACAAAAACAAAAACCCGCUGCGCGCCUGGGGGCUGCGGACGGACGACAGAAGCUUUCGGAGUCCCGACUGCGCUGAAGAGAUUAAUGCACUAGGAACGACAGGUACGCGCAUCUGUCCUUCGAAUUCCUACCUGCCUAGCUCCGAACAGUCUCAACCGCAGAGUCAACUCGGCCCCGCUGCGCGGGAAAACCACCCUGCUCAGAUCUUAGUAACUAGGCUCAGAGAGCCCCGCCCCCCUCCAAUUAGGAAAAAGGUUGGGCGCGCGGGAAGGGAGAGCUGGGUUCCCCCAACUCCAGUUAACUUCUGCGAACUUUUUCUCUGGAAGCAUCCUUCACAGAUGAAGAUAGUCCAGUCCCGGAGGUAUUUUACUGCUGCCAAGAGAGUGUCAGUAUCGUAUUAAGCCACUUACAGAGUGGCUGAGACGUUCAAUAAAAGUGAUGGUAAUUAAGUUGCCCCACGCUUGUGGGCUGUCCGAUUCAGCCUUUGCACACAGGUGUGUGAAAGCUAAGCAAGAAAUAGGAACCGCACAAGUAAAUGAGUAUUAUUAUUACCUGGAGGUGGGAGCGUAGUGCGGCUUCCAGGGGGCAGCGAGGGCCCUCUGGUCUCUGUGGACGUCGUGUGGAGAAACCUGUGGGCCUCGCACAGGAGGGGCGCCUCUUGCUCAGACCGAAGCUUCAGGCCCGGUUCUCUGGUAACCGUGUUAUUUUUAUUUAGAGGAAUUUUGAGUGGUCUGAUGCGUCCAGUCAUUGCCGCAGUUCUUGCUCCUGGCCAUAGUUGGGAAAUAACUUAGGAUGCGUUUUACUUAUAGAGGGGCAAUUGAGAUUCACACCCAGCUAACCUAACAUCGAGUUUCCCCAGCCCAAGACACACUU